AAUGCUGCUGCCUCCUGGAGCAGAGGGAGGCAGAAGAGGAGGGAGGGAGACGAGGGGAAGCGAGGGGGAGGCGGCACUUAGGCUGCAGCUCGCAACCAGAGGCAGUCUCUCUCAGCUCUCGGAGGGACCGGGAGUGGCAGCUGCCGUGUAGGAUGCUCUGCCGGGCGCCCUGAGCUGGGGGCUCGUGAGGCAGCUUCGGGGCCGGGCAGCAGGGCAGCUUUCACCAUGCAUCAGUCCCUGACUCAGCAGCGGUCCAGCGACAUGUCCCUGCCUGAUUCCAUGGGAGCCUUUAAUCGGAGGAAACGAAACUCUAUCUAUGUUACCGUGACUUUGCUUAUUGUGUCCGUGUUAAUUCUCACGGUGGGCCUCGCUGCCACCACCAGGACCCAGAAUGUGACUGUUGGCGGCUAUUACCCAGGAGUGAUUCUCGGCUUUGGAUCAUUCCUCGGAAUCAUUGGAUCAAACCUUAUUGAGAACAAGCGGCAGAUGCUGGUGGCUUCUAUCGUCUUUAUCAGCUUUGGUGUGAUUGCGGCCUUUUGUUGUGCUAUAGUGGACGGAGUCUUUGCUGCCAGACACAUUGAUUUGAAACCACUCUAUGCUAACCGGUGCCACUAUGUCCCCAAGACAUCCCAGAAGGAAGCUGAGGAGGUUAUAAGUUCCUCAACCAAAAAUUCUCCUUCCACGAGGGUUAUGAGGAACCUUACCCAGGCAGCUAGAGAGGUGAACUGCCCUCAUCUCAGCCGUGGAUUCUGCACACCUCGCAUCCGGGGCAACACCUGCUUCUGCUGUGACCUCUACAACUGUGGCAACCGGGUGGAGAUCACCGGCGGAUACUACGAGUACAUCGAUGUCAGCAGCUGCCAGGACAUCAUCCACCUCUACCACCUGCUCUGGUCUGCCACCAUCCUCAACAUCGUCGGCCUGUUCCUCGGCAUCAUCACUGCUGCUGUCCUUGGAGGCUUUAAGGAUAUGAACCCCACUCUCCCGGCUCUGAACUGUUCUGUUGAAAAUGCCCAUCCAACUGUUUCCUACUACGCGCGUCCUCAAGUGGCGUCCUACAACACGUACUAUCACAGCCCUCCUCACCUACCACCAUAUUCUGCAUAUGACUUCCAGCAUUCCAGUGUCUUUCCAUCUUCCCCUCCUUCUGGACUUUCUGAUGAGCCCCAGUCAGCUUCACCUUCGCCGAGCUACAUGUGGUCGUCCAGUGCACCACCCCGUUACUCCCCACCUUACUAUCCUCCUUUUGAAAAGCCUCCACCUUACAGCCCCUAAAAAGGAAUGUCUGCCGGCUAUUGAGAUUAUUGUGGCUUUUGUAUUUCUGCUUUAGUGGGAGUGUGUAGGGUACAAAAUCUCAAGUGUGAUUCUUAUGCAUAAAGUUUGACCAUGGCCUGCCAGGCUAGGGAAAGAUAGGGAUGAAGCUUAUUCAUUAUCAGUGUAAAGCAGGUAUAGCUAGGCAAACCCGCACUUCUAAAGAGGGCAGUGUACUUUCUAAGCAAGGCUGGGGAGCCACCCCAGCAAAAAGCUUGCUUGUUUGGAUGUACAUCACACCAGGGCACUACUGUCCUAGUCAGGAGCAGUGCGGCUGCUGUUUCACUUUAUGUGGAUGGAGUGCUGUCCUCGGGAGCUUGGCAGAGUGCCACCCUAGCACCUUGGUUGAAGCACCUGGCUUAUACGCUCUAUCUUUCCCUACCACUCAAGUCAGUCCCUAAGGAAAAUUUCCCAGACGUCAGUUCCAACACAGAGAGUUCUCGAUAGGAUUGUGUGUGCUUGCGUCUGGAUGUUGAAAAAAGCUGCCCAUCUCUCUUACUCCUCUCUUCUCUGUAUUGUAAAAAUGGCUGUUGUGAUCAUUCCGCUCAGCUUUUGUUAUCAGUACCUCCCAAAGGGAAAAGUGCAAUAUUCCCUCGAAUAGUAGGGAACAGGAAUGAUUGUUCAGGAAGCACUGAAACGCGCAGAGCAACACAUGACGUGUUGAAUGUAGAUCUGUUACACAUCUGAUUAACUUAGAUGGCAGUUCUACAACAUGUUGCAGUAUUACAAAAUACAUUUGCCACAGAAGACAUUAAUCCUACAGUUAAAAUUCUGAGUUAAAAAAAAAAGCCAGGUUAGGUCCUUGGGUUGUGAUAGGAAUCAUUACUAAUCUUUGUGACUACUUACUCUUCAAAUAUUGUGCUUCAGCCCCAGCAAACCGCACGUAUCUGGCACCCCAUCCCAAGGGAAUCAUUUGUAUUUUAAUGCCACUGCUCUUAUUGGUCCUUUUUUCUGUUGAGACCAAUCACGACAGCAUUCAAGAUUAUGAAAGUGUUACAAUGCCGCUUCAAGUCUGCAAAAACCUCUAGAUGUAGCCAACUCGACAAUCUUUUAAGUGUUAUCUUAGAUUUAAAAUCCAUCUGGCACACUGCAGUAGGUAGCUGUACAGAUCCUUCGAGUAUGCAUAGCUUUAAACCAUCAACCCGACGAAUUCCACACUUUGCCACCCUUGCCUUCACUUCAAAAUGAACACUUUCCAUUGCGAUCUUAUGUUAACCUGAGACUUGAUUGACUUAAAGGAAGAUUGCUAAUCCUACACUUGUAUAAUGUAAAAAUACAGGGCUACAGGAUGGUACCUAGGCGGUACCUAAUUAGACAUUGUGCAAACACAGAACACAUAUAUCCGGCCAAUUUCGCUACGUAGCAGGCGAAUGCUGGUGCUCUAGUCUACCUUGUAGACACCCAGCCAUCAAGGAUUACCAAGGCACAACACGUGCACUUACUGUUCACAGUAAACAUUUGCAAACAUUCAAUUUAACUUCUGACGUCAAGAAUGAUGUCUCAUCCAGAUCUCAAAUCUGAAAAACUAUAAUCCUUUUGCGUUAUAUACAAUUACUGUUAUUUUCUAUAGUUUUGAGCAUAUUAAAAUUCUAUCGGAUUUCAAAAAGGGACUAAUAACCAAUUGACUUACAUACAACUAUCAACUUGUUGUAAUACUCUGAAAUUUCUUGCCGUUUACACUUUACCUUUUGCUUUAGUAAAUGUGUAUGACUAUUUCAUUUUUUAAAAGGCACCAUUACACACUAUAACCUACAUUUAUCACAUUUCUUAGUGUUAAGAUUCUAUGACUCAUUUCUAUGUAUUUUUCUUACUUUACAACAAAAUAACUUGAAACAGUAUAGAUUUUGUAACACUUAAUUUGAGCAGCUUCUUUUUUUAUUACAUUGAAUUAUAUAAAGUGCAUGUUACCUUAGGAAAAUUAAUAUUUGCUGCUUUACUCUUUUGCAGAACAUUUGCUGUAAUGAAGGAAUUUGUAUUUCCAAUAUGUACCUUGACUGCAUUUUGUAAUAUUUACUGCUUUAUUCCUAAUUCUGCUUUAAAAUAUUGAACUGGGCAUGAAACAUUAAAAUAUUAAUCCAGAACCUGUGUAAACUGGAUGUUGCUUAAAAUCUGUAUCACUGCCAUGUUGGAAACCCAGACUGCUUUUGUGAUGUUUCAGAUUAAUAAAACUAUCUUCCUCCUUAUCACUUA